AUGAGUUACAGUGUUUCUUCAGCACUUACUUACUCCAUCGGAUUGGGAUCAAACAGUUGGGCUAGACAGCAAUUGAUAGAAAAUGCUCCCAAAACCAGUGUAUUGUUACUCUUGACUUUCAUCUUCAUAAUGUGUUGUUUAGCAGCAUACCUUGAGAGAUACCGGCGGUUAGUGCGACACAUCGAUUGCAUUCCUGGUCCAGCUACUUUACCAAUCGUUGGUAAUGCCCUACUUAUCAAUGCUGACAGAGAAGAGCUGUUCAAUCGUAUCAUUGCUUCUCGAAAGCUUUACGGACGUCGUCAAGGAAUCACACGCAUUUGGAACGGUUUAACACCGUAUGUUUUGAUAUCUAAGGCGCAAGCAGUCGAGAAAAUUCUUAACAGCACCAAAAAUAUAGAAAAAGGUCGCGACUAUGAAUUUCUUCAACCUUGGCUCGGAACCGGUCUUCUCACGAGUCCCGCUAGCAAGUGGCAGCAUAGACGCAAAAUCCUGACUCCCACCUUCCAUUUUCGCAUACUGUCGGACUUCGUGGAAGUCUUUAACAAGCAGGCAGCUGUGUUGGUGCAAAAUCUAGCGAAUGAGGUAGAUAACGCAGAUGGGUUCGACUGCGUGCGAUACAUCACCCUGUGCUCGCUGGACAUAAUUUGUGAAACUGCUAUGGGGUGUCCAGUGUAUGCACAGCAGCAAUCCGAUUCGAAGUACGUUCGAGCACAUGAGAAAAUUGGCGAAAUCAUGCUUAAUCGACUUCAGAAGCUCUGGCUGCAUCCUGACAUCGUCUUUCGAUGCACAAAGCAGUACCGCGAGCAGCGAAAGUGCCUCGAAAUCCUGCAUGACUUUUCCUACCGGAUGAUCACGGAAAGGCGAGCGAUUAUCCAGGCCUCCCAGAUGAAGCCAGACGAGCAGAUAGAUGCCAACAAUAACACACCAAUGGACGACUCGCACGCGACUACCGCCAGCUCCGGACGGAAGCAGCUCGCUUUCCUGGACCUACUCAUCGAAGCAUCGGAUGGCGGAAGGAUUCUGUCAGACACGGACAUACGCGAGGAGGUUGACACGUUCAUUCUAGGCGGACAUGACACGACAGCGACAGCUAUUUCUUGGACCUUGUUCCUCCUCGGCACCGAGCCGUCAAUCCAGGAGAAGGUCUUGAAAGAGAUCGAUCACGUCAUGGGGUGUGAUCGCGAACGUUGGCCCUCAAUGCGCGAGCUGAACGAAAUGCGGUACCUUGAGGCGUGCAUCAAGGAGGGCCUUCGGUUGUACCCUAGCAUACCGAUCAUCGGUCGCCGCCUGACAGAGGACGUACAGAUCGACAACCAUUUGCUGCCGGCUGGCACGAACGCCGUUAUUAUCGUCUACCAGCUGCACCGUGAUCCGUCCGUGUUCCCGAAUCCGGAUCGCUUCAAUCCCGAUCGCUUCAUGGUCGAUCAAGCGGGCUCUGGUAAUGUUCCGCGUCAUCCUUUUGCGUACAUCCCCUUUAGCGCGGGCCCUCGGAACUGCAUUGGGCAAAAGUUCGGUGCACUUGAAUCCAAAGCGGUCUUGGUGUCCGUAUUGCGAAAGUACCGCAUCGAAGCAGUUGAUCGGCGAGAGAACCUAACGCUGUUCGGGGAACUAGUGCUCCGCUCGAAAGACGGCUUAAAAAUACGCAUAACGAAACGAAAAUAA